AUGCCUGAACUAGAAAGAGCCCCGCAGAGGGACAUCAGACAGACAUCGGACGGCCGUGUGGCCUGCGACUGGCUCCUGAUCCCGAGCACUCAGACAAGCAACAGGAAGAGUCUGAUCCUGACCACCACCUCGCCCACGCUGCCUCGCCCACACUCCCCUCUGCCCCUCCCUGGACACCUCGGAAGCAGCCCUCUGGACAGCCCGCGAAACUUCUCUCCCAGCAACCCGGCACAUUUCUCGUUCGCCUCCUCCAGAAGAGCCGACGGACGGCGAUGGUCUUUGGCAUCUUUGCCCUCCUCUGGAUAUGGCACUAACACUCCCAGCUCAACGUCCUCCAGCUCCUCGCAGGAACGGCUGCACCAGCUGCCCUUCCAGCCCACCAUGGACGAGCUCCACUUCUUAUCCAAGCACUUUGGCAGCACCGAGAGCAUCACAGACGACGAUGGGGGCCGCUCCUCUCCUCACAUGCGCCUGCGCUCCCGUAGUCUCAGCCCCGGACGCUCCUCCUCCUGCUAUGAUAAUGAGAUAGUCAUGAUGAACCAUGUGUAUAAAGAGCGCUUUCCAAAGGCCACGGCGCAGAUGGAAGGGAGGCUGGCCGAGUUCAUCCAGGCUUUCUCUCCGGAAAAUGUUCUUCCACUAGCUGAUGGAGUCCUCAGCUUCAUCCAUCACCAGAUAGCUGAGCUGUCCAGAGACUGCCUGGCCAAAGCCCGCGAGGGUCUCAUCACCUCUGUCUACUUCUUUGAGCUGCAGCAGAAUCUGGACAAGCUGCUUAAUGACGCCUUUGAGCGUUCGGAGAGCAAUGAGAUGGCCUUCGUCACAGAGUUGGUGAAGAAGCUCCUCAUCAUCAUCUCUCGGCCUGCCAGGCUUCUGGAGUGUCUGGAGUUUAACCCCGAGGAGUUUUACCAUCUGCUGGAGGCGGCAGAGGACCACGCCAAGGAGGGCCAUCUGAUGAAGACCGACAUUCCUCGUUACAUCAUCAGCCAGCUGGGACUGACCAGAGACCCUAUUGAAGAGAUGGUAAACCUCGACAGUUACGACAGCGAGGGGCCGCUGACGCCUGAAACCGAUGACUCGACAGAGGGGAAGAUCAGAGCAAUGAAACCACCGGGAGAAGCAGACUUCCAGACCAUCAAGCUCAUCAGUAAUGGAGCGUACGGCGCCGUGUACCUGGUGCGUCAUCUCGAGACACGGCAGCGAUUUGCCAUGAAGAAGAUCAACAAGCAAAACCUGAUCCUGAGGAACCAAAUCCAGCAGGCCUUUGUGGAAAGAGACAUCCUCACGUUCGCAGAGAACCCUUUUGUCGUCUCCAUGUUCUGCUCCUUCGAAACCCGCCGGCACCUCUGCAUGGUCAUGGAGUACGUAGAAGGUGGAGACUGUGCCACUCUGCUGAAGAACAUCGGGGCUCUGCCUGUGGAGAUGGCACGCAUGUACUUCGCAGAGACGGUGCUGGCGCUGGAGUACUUACACAACUAUGGCAUUGUACACCGUGACCUCAAGCCUGACAACCUCUUGAUUACCUCAAUGGGUCACAUCAAGCUGACAGACUUCGGUCUGUCAAAGAUGGGUCUGAUGAGUCUCACCACCAACUUAUAUGAGGGACACAUAGAGAAGGAUACUCGGGAGUUCCUGGAUAAACAGGUGUGUGGAACCCCAGAGUACAUCGCCCCUGAGGUUAUUCUUCGUCAAGGUUAUGGGAAGCCAGUGGACUGGUGGGCUAUGGGCAUCAUCCUGUACGAGUUCCUGGUGGGCUGCGUGCCUUUCUUUGGAGACACUCCGGAGGAGCUGUUUGGACAGGUCAUCACAGAUGACAUAGUGUGGCCAGAGGGGGACGAGGCUCUCCCCGUUGACGCCCAGCACCUGAUCUCCUCCCUCCUGCAGACAAAUCCAAUGGUUCGACUGGGCACAGGUGGUGCUUUUGAAGUGAAGCAACACUCAUUCUUCACCGAGGUGGACUGGAACAGCCUGCUGAGACAGAAGGCAGAGUUCAUCCCUCACCUAGAGUCAGAGGAAGACACCAGUUAUUUUGACACUCGCUCCGAGCGCUACCAUCAUGUGCAUUCAUAUGAUGAAGAUGAUACCAACGAUGAUGAGCCUGUGGAGAUUCAUCGCUUCUCAUCCUGCUCCCCUCGCUUCAGCAAGGUGUACAGCAGUAUGGAGCAUCUGUCCCAGCUGGAGCAUAAACCCCACGGUGUGACUCUACGGGAGCACAAGGUCCCCAGGGAGGAUCGAAUGGCCAAAAGAGAAAGCCUGGGGAGUGUCACCCUCAGGGACAAGAGCUGGAGGACUGGAUCUCCUGAGAUGAAGCGCUUGUCCUGCUCCGAGUCCUCCUUCACUGAGAGUGAGUCCAGCCCACCGUCGGGGGCCCGAAGACGCUUCUCCGCCCUCAUGGAUACACACCGCUUGGCCUCCCCUCUGGAAGUCGACUCUGAGCUCCCUGUAUCCAGCAGGCAGCCUCCAAUGAAGGCAAGGGGAACGUCCCUGGAAGGAGCCAUGGGUGCAGUCCCCUCUCAGGGCGACCUGAGAACAUACCUGAAGGACAGCAACGGGCUCACGGCGGGAGAAAAGCUUCUGAGACCUGCGGACGCAUCGUUGCCUUUACCUGGCAGUGCUGCAGUUCUGGGGCUUCCAGAGGCGCCGGCGCCCCGCGGGGCCGCCACUGACCUGGUGCUGCGGAGAGUUCGCCACCAGCAGCUGUCAGCCGAAGGAGAAAAACGUAGCUCACGACCAGGAACCAAAGUUAUCAAAUCUGCUUCUGCGACGGCUCUGUCCGUCAUCAUCCCUGCAGUGGAGCAACAUGGCGCCUCCCCUCUGGCGAGCCCCAUGUCUCCUCGCUCCCUCUCGUCCAACCCCUCCUCCCGCGACUCUUCUCCCAGCAGAGACUACUCUCCGAUGGUCAACGUCCUGCAUUCCCCGAUCACCAUCCAUCGCUCCGGGAAGAAGUACGGCUUCACCCUGCGAGCCAUCAGAGUCUACAUGGGAGACAGCGAUGUCUACAGCGUGCAUCACAUGGUCUGGCAUGUGGAGGACGGAGGCCCCGCCCAGGAAGCUGGACUCAGGGCCGGGGACCUGAUCACUCACGUAAAUGGGGAGUCAGUCCACGGUCUGGUCCACACAGAGGUGGUGGAGCUCAUCCUGAAGAGUGGAAACAAGGUGACAGUUACAACUACUCCCUUUGAGAACACUUCUAUAAAAGUGGGUCCCGCCCGCAAGUCCAGCUAUAAAUCCAAGAUGGCGCGACGCAGCAAGAGGACAGGGGCCAAGGAGGGGCAGGAUAAGAAGCGCAGCUCCCUGUUCAGAAAAAUCACCAAGCAGUCCAACCUGCUCCACACCAGCCGAAGCCUCUCCUCUUUAAAUCGCUCGCUGUCGUCUGGGGACAGUCUCCCGGGCUCGCCCACCCACAGCCUCUCCGCCCGCUCGCCCACUCAGACUUACCGCUCCACCCUUGAAUCCCCUUACCUGGGCACCUCCUCCCAGAGCAGCUCCCCGGCAUCCAGCACCCCGAACUCCCCGGCAGCCUCUCACCACAUGAGGCCCAGCUCCCUGCACGGCCUCUCUCCCAAACUCCACCGCCAGUACCGCUCUGCACGCUGCAAGUCUGCCGGCAACAUCCCUCUGUCCCCUCUGGCUCACACUCCCUCCCCGACCACCUCCUCUCCUCCGCCUCUCACCGGCCACACGGUAGGAAGCUCCAACACCACGCAGAUGUUUCCCGCCAAGCUGCACUCCUCGCCUCCUGUUUCCCGCCCUCGUCCCAAGAGCGCGGAGCCGCCCAGGUCCCCCCUGCUGCAGCGGGUGCAGUCGGCGGAGAAGCUAGGAGCGCCGAUUCUGCCUUCCUCCUCUUCUUCGUCAUCCUCACCUUCUCCUCUGACAGGCGGGGUGUCGUUGCGCAAGCAUAGCCUGGAGGUGACGCAUGGGGACUACAGGAGAGAGUCUUUCCACUGUGAGCACAGUCUACAGAGUCUGUUGGAGAUGGAGGGAGAGAACGGACCUGCCCCUCCAUCUCCUUCAUCAUCUUCCUCCCCUUCUCCUCCCAUGGGAGGGGACAUUGGAGGCCUGAAGCCAGUGAGGAGGCUGGGAAGGCAGGAGUCGCCGCUCAGCCGUGACACACUGCUCACAUCAAGAGAGAAAGAUACGCAAACCACCGCACCUGAGGCGCAAACUGAGAGUGUAGCUACUAAAGCUGCGUCCAAGACCAGCGCUGUUGACACGAGUAAAACAUUAUCCACUGCUGAGGUCCUAAAGAGUAACGUGAGUGCAGCCGCAGUGGAGACCAAGACUCGUCCAGCGCCGGUCUCAUCCACUACACAGACCAAGCCGAGCCCCGGGGACAAACUUCCAAAUGGAGGUGCUUCAAGUUCUGAGGCAACGGCGUCCAAGAGUAAACUCAGCGAGAAAAUCUCAGCUCCGGGACCAUCGAAGGGCGUCCAACAACAAGAGAGUAAGCAGCAGAGCGCACAGACGGUCAGUGGCGCUGCAACCGGAGCUCCGGAGAAGACUGAGGAGAAAGUCAAAGGCGCUGCAGCUGCAGACAAAGGUUACGUGCAGAAAGCUUCAUCUUCAGAGCAGUCCAAGCAACGAAAAGGCACGGAGACGGGAGAGAGAGGAGGCGUCAGUGGCACCGAUAAAGCAGCUGAGACGACCAAGGUCAAAGGUCCUGCACCCCCUGUUCCAACCCAGGCUCAGACCCACACCGCAGCUCAUGCGCCAGCUGCUGCCAGAUCCAAAGCGGAGAAGGUGUCAAGCAGUUACCGUGGGGCCAAAGAGGAGAGGGCACACUUGGAAGUCCUGGAGGAGAACCCCAUGUCACCCUCCUCUAAUGCGGCCUCGCCCUGCUCAAGCAAGUCUCGCCCCAUGUCUCCGGGGGAUAAAGCCAGCUUCGUCACCCAGCUCACGAGCGUGGCCAAAACAGUGCUCGGGCCGAUAAAGGGAGCGUCACAACAGGAGGGAGCCAAGGCCAAAGACACCACCAAGUCGAGCGAGGAGAAGCGAGGAAGCGCAGCAGGAAAAGCAGAGGCUUCGUUCGUGGGCGGACGUCGGGGGGCUCAGACGGCAACCUCAGCCGGCGCCGGCACAGUCCCGUCUGAUAAAGGAACCGGUCGGAGCUCGAAGCAUCAUUCGUGAUGAGAGAGCUCCAGAAAGAGUCAGACUCUCCCAUGUAAUGCCUUUUACUGUAGCGUCGCACUGACAUAUCAUGAAUUAACAUGACUUUGAAUGAAAGGGAGACAUAAAUAAAUGCCUGAAGAAAUAACACCAAAUAGAUGACAUGUGACAUGUAGACACAUAAGAUGUGAACAAAGAUGCAUCAGCUUCUGUUGGAAGACGUGUGCACAUGGUAUCAUAAUGUAGGCCUGUGUAUGUGCUGUACGUUCAUCACGAUGUGUUGUACAUAG